CAAGGACCAGCGUUUUUCGUCAGUUAUGUUAUGUUUAAGACGUAGUCCGGACGAUGAAUCUUAUUAGUGUGUUUUAUUUGUUCCUAUUGUUUUGUUUGGUGACGUCACAAGAAGCGCCCUCUGGCGUGAUUUGCACAACAUGCUCUUGCGCAGACGGCCGCGUCGACUGCGCCAAUAAGGAUAUCCGGGCUUCUUUCUCGGUUGAGGAGUGGAAAGAACUAGAAGCCUUCCAACCAACUCAGAUAGACCUCAGUAGAAACCGCAUCGUAACUUUAUCAGAGUUGUCGUUGCUACCAGUGCAGAAUCUAACGGUUUCCUACAAUGACAUUGAAGUAAUUGACACGGCCUGUUUCAAGCAUCUGAGAGAAACUCUUGUUACUUUGGAUUUGAGUAAUAAUAUGAUAACUACAUCGGCGUUAGAAAGGAGGAUUUUUUUGACUAUAUUGAACGGACAUGACCUCCUUCAAUUCAAUAAACUAACGUACCUGAGCCUGGCCAAAAAUGAUAUCCACGCUCUCCCCAAAGACAUGUUCUUCACAACCCGAGAGCUGACCCACUUGGACCUGAGUGGGAACCCACUGGCUUACAUCGACUCCAUUACUUUGGCCACCAUCAGUGACUUGACUAAGCUAAGGAACUUAUCCCUCGGUUCCUGUGACCUUGAGACGCUGCCCGAAGGUAUAUUCCGUCGGCUCCGUCGACUGCAAGGUUUAGAUCUCAGUGGGAACAGGUUCACGACCGUGCCUGCCAACAUCAACGAGGCCUCCAACCUUCAGGUCCUGAUCUUGGACAAGAACCCUUUCGAGACUAUUGAUGAUAAUACCCCCUUCAAAACCUUAAUAAAACUCCAAGAACUCUACAUCCGUCGCUGCAGCAAGCUUAAAACCAUCACAGCCGGUGCUCUUGGGGGCUUGGAGAGUCUCUCGAAACUACACAUCUCGUAUAACCCUCGAUUGAUCACUCUGGAACCCAAGUUCCUCGUUUGGGAAGACGAGAAUGAGAUUGAGAGGCAUCCGUUGAUCAAAGAGUUAUACCUAAACAACAACAACAUAACUGAAAUCAGCGCGUACUACCUCGACCGCUGGAAUCUUCUAGAAGCCGGCGACUUCACCAACAACCCGUACGACUGCGACUGCGACAGCCAGUGGAUGCUGGACGUGCUCAUACCGCUGCUGCAGGAGAUUGUCCAAUACAGCGACCAGAUGGCGCACAUGACAUGUAAAACGCCGGAGCCAUUUCGUGGGCUAACGUACAACCAGGUCAUGAACUCGACGAGGCAGCUCGUUUGUAUGGAGAACCUCGAGGAACCGGUCACGGAUUCUGCCAUCAUGCUUGGCAUUAUGAUAGGGGUAUUCGUCACAUUCCCAAUGGUCAUCCUAGUGGUUCUACUCUGGAGGCGCGGAAUAUUCACCAAAUGCAGGAAGAAAGUAAUUAUAGAAUCGGACGAAGAAAAAGACAUGUUCUAGGGAAUAGAUGUAUUUUAAAUAA